UACCCCUUCCUUUAAGCCAAAUGACAUGGAUCCCACCAAGACAGCAACUCCUUCAUCAAAACCAAAUGACAACACUCCUUUGUGCACUCCAGUCCCUCCAAUUGAUCCAUUAUAUAUUCCCUCUUGGCUGCUUAGCUUGUUUGGACCUGCUGUGACAGAGUCCCUAAGCUACAUGGAGGCUGCUGUGGCUUGCUAUAUCUUUAAGAGGUGUACUGCUGGAAGUGCAGACAGCAAGGAGACAAUCAUCAAACCAAUCCUGAAUAAUGUUGAUGGUACUCGCCGCAUUAUGCAAUUCCUGAAGCCCAAAAAGAGUGUUGACCAAGAAAUCAUAAACUUGACUGCCUGCAUGUUGACAUACACUGAAAGAGCCUUCAACAAGAAUCAAACCACUUGGUUCUUGCCUACUUACUUCUCACAAUACAUCCUUGGUUGGACAACCCAUCCCCGAAGCAUGACUAUCCAUCAGCAAAGAAGCUUCAUGGGAAAGAUAGAAGUCUUGACAAAAGUGUUUGUGCCGAUGAAUGACAACAACGAGCACUGGUACUUGAUUGUGUUUGACUUUGAGAAUCAAGAAGUAGUCCUAUUAGACUCGUUCCCUCAAUCUGAUAGGCUACAGUAUAGGAUAACAGAUGCAAAGCUAGUUGCACUCUACAUGGAGGUCAUGCUCAGGGACAGCACAUUCUACCAGCUUGAAACAACUCCAAGGCCACGUUGCUCCCAGUUUAGGGUUGUCAUACCCCAGGGAUUACCAGCGCAGAGAGCUAAUUCAAAUGAUUGUGGCAUUUGGGUCGCAUCUUGGAUGAAGGACAGUAGAAGAUGUGGUUACAAUCUUCAGGUUUCUUACUUUUCUGAAACUUUAACAAUUGUGCUCUGAGACUUUAUGAACUGGGUACAGAACUGUGAU